AUGAAAAACAAAACGACGAUGAAAUUACCGAUGACAUCGAUUCAUCACAAGAGUUCUCCUUUCUUCAAUGAUGAAAACGAACAAGAAAAUACCAUCCUAAAUUUUAAUCAUCCUGUGGAUAGUUGUUCUCAAGAUUUCCGCCUUCCAACAAGACAACCACCACAAUCUUUAUCACCUCCGCAACAACAAAGAAAAUCACUUUUCAACUCUUCAUUAUGCAUCACAAUUACUAUCUCGUUUCUUCUAUUACUAGGAUUAUUUGCAAUAAUAUCCUUCCUGUCACUGCAGUAUGCCUUCUCUUUUCAUUCUCCGCUUUCUCUGAAAUUUUCUUCCAAUUCGAAUAUCUUAUCAUCAUUGAUUCAACAACACAUCCAUCGUCCUCUUUUCUCAAUAUCGCCAACAUCAAAUGAUGCGGGCACAACAACGGUCACAUCACAGCAAGAGAAUGACGCUUGGGAAGAUGGAGAGAGAAUUGGUGACUUUUCGGGACUGAAUUUAACUUAUGGACACUACUUCCAACGAUUAUACAUCCAAAAUAGUAAGAGAAAAUCAACAGCACAUUGGCAUUUUGGAAAUUGUCCUAUUCCACAACAAAUAUCUUCUGGUAUUGAAAGUUCCAAUCUUCAAAUUUCGAGCUUUGCCUCAUUGAACGUGAUCAAUCGAUCAAGUCUUGUGAUUGAUUAUUUAUUAUACCCAAGUGGUCAUUUGGCAGAACACCAUCAUCAUCAUACUGAAUGGAGAUUUGGAAAGAUUUUACUUACUGACAUUUUUUCUUUACAAGAUGUCAUUCGCCAAAGAGAAGAUAAAAAGAAAUCUCCGUCACCAGCCUUGCUGGCUUCAAACGAUCAUCAUACACAAACUGUCAUGAAUCAAGUCACAGAUAUAGACUCUGAUAGCAUUCUGAAAUAUAUUUUUCUUGGAACUUUAGAAUUUUUUGUUUCAAAUACAAGUGAAAAAGAAGGAAUACCUACGUCAGAUUUUACCAAGCUCUAUUCUCUCACUCCUGUUUGCUUUUAUUUUAAUCAAUUCCAAUGGUCAGAAAAUAUUUUUAUACCUGGCUAUCCUUACUCGGCUGGAAAUACGGUUCUCAGCAUACAAGUCAAUCCAAAUAUGAGCUGUGCAGACAUUCUUAGAAGAAAGGCGUUUUGUAAUGAGACUUCGAAUGUAUUUGUUUUCGAAUCACCUGGUUCUUGGACUGGAUUCUUACUUUUACUUGUUGUGCUUGGAGGUAUUGCAAUGGUUUUCAGUAUUAUUGGAGGCAUUGCACUUGCUGUCUUUGCAGUUUCUUGGUUUGCUUGGAAAGUAUACAAAAAGUAUGACCUCAAUAAGAAGAAGGUGACAAGUGUUGGCUCCUUGGAUCGUCAUGACGACAGCCAUGGCGACGACUUUGGUGAUCGACGAAGACUUUUACAUGGUGAUUUGGACAUUGACGAUCAUGCACAUGUGGAAACACCUCCACAAGAAAUCUCUCGACGUUCAUCACUUUCUAGACAACAAAACACUAAUAUGGAAGGGCCAAAUAAUCUGAGAUCACAAUCCAGAGUAAAUUUGACAUCUCCAUCCCCAGUUGUGACAACAGCAGAAGCUGCCCACUUGUUGGGCAUUACUGGAAGGAAGCACUUUAGGUUCUUCCAGUAA